GAAGCCGGCGCGAGGAAAACGGGAGGCGGCUGCGGGCUGUUUGAGUUGGGAAAGGAUCUCCCAGUCUCGGAGGCUGCACCGGAAUCCGACCCUUUGAGGAGAGUGUUUCUUUUUGGGCCGACAGGCAAAAUGAGCUGGGUGGUGGAAGAAUGGAAAGAAGGCCUGCCCACCAGAGCUCUUCAGAAAAUCCAAGAGCUCGAAGGACAGCUGGACAAGCUGAAGAAAGAAAGGCAGCAAAGGCAGUUUCAACUGGAAACUCUGGAGGCCGUGCUGCAAAAGCAAAAACAGAAGGUUGAGAAUGAAAAAACGGAGGCUACAAACCUAAAGAAGGAGAAUCAAAGCUUGAUGGAAAUAUGUGAAAACCUGGAGAAGGCUAAGCAGAAGAUUUCUCAUGAACUUCAAGUCAAGGAAGCACAAGUGAAUUUGCAAGAAGGACAGUUGAGUUCAACCAAAAAACAAAUAGAGAAAUUGGAACAGGAACUUAAAAGCUGUAAAUCCGAACUUGAAAGAAGCCAGAAAGCUGCACGGCCUGCAGAUGUCUCUGGGAGUGCAUGUAACACACCGCAAAAGCUGUUUACAACUCCAAUAACACCAAGUCAGUAUUACAGCGGUUCCAAAUAUGAAGAUCUAAAAGAAAAAUAUAAUAAAGAAGUUGAAGAACGGAAAAGAUUAGAGGCAGAGGUGAAAGCCUUGCAGGCAAAAAAAGCGAGCCAGGUUAUUCCACAAAACACCAUGAAUCACCGGGACAUCGCGAGACACCAGGCCUCGUCCUCUGUGUUCCCAUGGCAACAAGAAAAGACCCCAAGUCGUCUUUCUUCCAAUGCUCUACAGACUCCCAUUAGGAGAGGUUUCUCUGCGUCUCACUUUUCCGGGGAUCAAGAAGCCACUCCAAGUAGUAGAUCAACUUUGCAAGUCGGGCGAAGAGGUGCUGAUAGCAGCUUCUGUGAUAAUUCUAGCAGUUCUCAACAUUUGGAUCACCGAAAUGGCCAGAGUCAAGAGCUAAGGAGCAAGAUUGACGAGUUGGAACUGCAACUCCAAGGACAAGAAAAAGAAAUGAAAAUCCAAGUGAAUCAGUGUCGAGAACUGCAGCUCCAACUAGAGAAAGCAAAAAUGGAACUAAAUGAAAAAGAGAAAGUUUGGAACAAAAGUAGGGCUGAACUGACAGCACAGUAUGACCAGGCAUCAGCCAAGUGUACUGCAUUGGAACAGAAACUGAAAAAAUUGACUGAAGAUUUGAGCUGUCAGCGACAGAAUGCAGAGAGUUCCAGAUGUUCUCUGGAACAGAAACUCAAGGAAAAAGAAAAGGAAUUUCAAGAGUAUCCCUAUUAUGCAAAAUUGCUUGUGAGGGAAUCCGAAAGCCUGCAGAGCAAAUUACAUGAAGCAGAACAGGAGAAGCUGACUGUCACGCAAGCGUUGGAGGCUGCCAGGCGAGAGAAGGGCGAGGUCGCUGGGAGGCUGAGCUCCACCCAAGACGAGAUGCAUCAGCUGAGGAAUGGUAUGGAGACACUGAGGGUCCGCAUUGAGGCUGACGAGAAGAAGCAGCGCCGCAUCUUGGAGACACUGAAAGAAAGUGAGAGGGAAGAAUCGUUCACUUCAGGCUAGGGUUGAGAACCUGAAAGCGAAUUGCAGAUGGCAGAAGAAAACCAAGAGAUGGUGAUUCUUGAUGCUGAGAGUUCGAAAGCGGAGGCGGAGACCCUGAAAACACAAGUAGAAUCGAUGACUGAACACCUGAAAGCUUUAGAAUUGGACCUUGUCACGAUCAGGUCCGAAAAAGAAACUCUGACUCAUCAGCUGCAAGAAAAGCAGGGUCAGGUGUCUGAAUUGGACACCUUGCUCUCUUCACUGAAAAACCUAUUAGAAGAAAAGGAGCAAGAAAAAAUGCACAUGCAAGAAGAGUCCAAAGCUGCAGGGGAAAUGCUGGAAAGAGAAUUGAAAGAGCUGAUGAAGGAGGUGGCAACCUUGUGUGAGGACCCAGAUACCAGGAAGGUUCCGGAACAGAGCGCCCCAGUGCAGAGAGUGCGGCAGCUGAGCCAGAGCAUCAAAAAGCUGAAAGACCAACUAGAAGACAAUGACAAGAAGCAGACCCAAGUCUUAGAAAAGCUGCAGGAAAGGAAGCAUCAAGCAGAUAUGCUCAAGGGGGAAGUCGAUCAACUCGAAAAAGAACUAGAAGUCCAAAAAACCCAUGAGCGUGCGACUCAGGAGGCAGAGAACUCCAAAGCAGAGGUAGAGAAGUUAAAAGCCAAAAUAGAGGAGAUGGCCCCAAGUCUGAGAGAUCUGGAAGCAGAUCUUGGCAACCUAAGGUCAGAAAAAGAAAAUCUGAUGAAAGAAUUACAAAAAGAGCAAGGGCACGUAUCCGAAUUAGAAAUAUUAAAGUCUUCAUUUGAAAAUUUGUUGCAAGAAAAACAGCAAGAAAUUGUCCGGCUGAAAGAAGAAUCUAAAAUUGUUGAGGAGAGGCUUCAAACACAACUUACAGUGUUACAGGAGAAACUGUCCACCUUGUGUGAUGACCAGGGGACCUGGAUGGCCAGAGAACAGGGUCUGAGUGCUCAAAUAACUAAUCUUGAACUUGAGAAGUCUCAGUUGCUGCAAGGCCUUGACCAGGCUAAAAGUAAUUACAUUACUUUGCAAUCUUCUGUGAAUGACCUCAUUCAAGAAGUACAAGAUGGCAAAGAGAAGCUCGAGAAAAGGGACCAAGAAAUCAGUUUACUAAAACAUCAAAUUCAAGACCAAGAACAGCUUGUCUCUAAGUUGUCCCAGCUAGAAGAAGAGCCCCAAGUUAUGAAGAAGCAAAAAGCAGAACUGGAGAGUCUGACUCUGGAAUUGGAGCAGAAGAUCCAAAGCCUGCAGUCCCAAAAUGACACUUUGCAGGACACCUACAAAAUGCUGCAGAAUUCCUACAGGGACGUGCAGAAAGAGCUCGAAUCGAUCAAAAUGGAAAAGCUAUCUUAUGUUGAAAGAGUAAACUCCUUGACUUCGAGGGAAACAGAGCUACAGAAGAAAGUGUGCGAGAUAACACAGAAAAUGACAGACUUGAAAGAAGAAUUCAAUGGGGAGAAGAACAGGCUAACCGAAGAAUUAAAUUUAAUGUCGGAAGAAGUGAAGCACAAGGAAGGUCAAUUGAAGGAAUUCAUGCUAGAAAAUAGUGACUUGAAAAGGAGUUUGGACUGCAUGCACCAACACCAGAUGCAAAAGCAAGAGAAAAUAAGAGAAGAAAUAGCUGAAUAUCAGAGACAGCUUGAGGAAGCUGAAAAGAGGCAUCAAACUUUGCUUCUGGAUGCAAACAAACAGCAUGAAAUGGAAAUCCAGACAUUUAGAGAGAAACUGACUUCUACAGAAGAAUGUCUCAGCUCGCAGAAGGUGGAGAUAGAGCUCUUGAAGUCCAGUAAAGAACAGCUCAGUAAUUCUUUGGAAGAAAACACUGAGCUUUUAGGAGAAUUGAUAAAAACCAAGAUGGACAAUGAAACACAUAUAAGGCAACUGAAGAAGGAAAAAGAACAUGCCCAGGGGAAGAUCGAUAUUUUGCUCAGACACUAUAAGCCGAUGGAGGAGGAGGAGGAGAGGUUGCAGAAAGAGCUGUGUCACCUUGAAGAAGCUGCGCAAGAGAAGCAGAAACCAGGUGCUCUUGUGGAUGCUCAUGUCGAUGAACUGAUGAUGGAGCUGAAAGAACUGAGAGAAGCCCUUGAAGGGAAAAGCAAGGAGGCAGAAGAGUACCUGGACAAGUACUGCUCCCUGCUUAUCAGCCACGAGAAGUUGGAGAGAGACAAAGAGAUGUUGGAAACACAAGUCGCUCGUCUGAGUUCACAACAAUCUCCGACGAAUGUCGAGAUUUCCCCUUUGCUAAAGUCAGUUGACCCAGAGUCACCUCCAGUCCCUUGUGUUACUGAAAAGAAGGGAUCAUCCAGCCAAAGUAAAGCUUCAGGCAAGAGGCAAAGGUCCAGUGGGAUUGGGGAGAAUGAGGGAGGAACACUACCUUCCAUACCACACACGUUUCCCAAAAGAAGCCAGAAGGCAGCCAGAAGGGGCAUUCUCCCUGCAGAGGAUGCGGAAGACACUGAGUUUGAGCCCGAGGGGCUUCCAGAAGUUGUAAAGAAAGGGCUUGCUGACAUCCCAACAGGAAAGACAAGCCCCUACAUCCUGAGAAGAACAACCAUGGCAACCAGGACCAGCCCCCGCCUUGCAGCUCAGAAGUUAACACAGUCCCUCUUAAAUAUCCACAAAGAAAACCAUGCUGGGACCUCCCAACCAAGAGCUGCUGGCAGCAGAUCACAAAAGGUCAAGGUUGCUCAGCAAAGCCCCACGGAUUCAGGCACCAUCUUCCAAGACCACUCUAGCAAGACCCUCUCGGCCAGUAACAUCCCUAAGAGACAGUGGACUGACAGCCCCAGUGAGGGCCUGAGGUCCAAGCGAGGCUGCCCUGCACCCAGCUCGGAAGCUGGUACCGAGGCCCAGGAAAGCUGCAGGAUCCAAUAGAAGAGACCUUGUGUGUUUGGGCCCCUGGGAAGUGGCUGCCGUUGGGUGGAAAGCGGUGUGCCCACGGGGGCUUUGCCUUGACUCAGGGACACAUUAUCAGUAGGAAGAAAGCAAUUUCUCUAAAAUAUAAAAAUAUUGUACUCACCAGAUCUCCCAUUGAAAAGUUCGGAAGCCCUGAUCACCCACCUGUUUCUUACUGAUGUGCUUCUUCUGUGCUGUGCACAGUGGUGUAGAAAGCAUUCUGGGAACAUUACACUUGAGAGGCAAGCACUGUAUGAUAACUUCUGUUUCUAUGUGUGGGUUUUAAAAAUGCAAAACAAUUCAUGCUUCCAAUUAACUGCUCUUAGGAAAACGUAAACUUGCCUUGUGCUAUUUCUGAUGUACUAUUCCUUGUACUAGACAAGAAAUAGUUGGAGAGAAUUUCUCCGAGCUGAGUCAAAUGAAGGGAAGCCCUGUUCUAUGUUUUUAAGGAAAACGUGCUCAAAUGUACAGUAUGGAAGCCUG